AUAUUUUAAUGGCCGUCAGCAGCACUACAAAAUGCAAAAAGUGCGGAUUAUCCACUAUAUUUAGACUGUACUAGCGACGGCUCCGUGUGGGUCGCCUUUUUUUGCUAACGAGCAUUACUCUCGGGACAUAUUGACGCUGGAGGUGUGUUUCUAGUGUUGUUUCUACUGCGAUAAACGGACUUUACUCGUUUGAUUUGUGUGUGUGGGAGCUCAGGCCUAGCCGGCUGGCUAAAAAACAAGCGGACGUUUAGCUGCUAGUCGCCGGAGUUGAAAGGGAAUAUGUAACAUAAAGCAACCGACAUGACAUCCAGAUUCGGUAAAACAUACAACCGCAAGGGAGGGGAGGCUAACUCGAAAUUUGACGAGGUCUUCAACAAUAAGAAGCCCACACUGACCACCAAAUGGGGGGAGACCACCUACAAGGCUCAGUUGGGAGCCAAAAGGCCCAUUUUGAAACCUGAUGUUUCUGAGCUGUCCAAGAGGCCCAGGCUUGAGGACAGCGACAGUGACGAAGACCCAUUUGGGUUUGACAGCGAUGAGGAGUCCAAGACCGUUUCCUCUCACAGUGUGUCCCAGGCAGAAGUCAGUGAAGGGGCUGUGACAAAGACGACUGCAGUGCAGGGUGCUAGGGCAGCCACUGUUGUUACCCCGGCACAGGGCUCUGCAAGCUCAAAAGCCACAGUCACAACCAAGCAAGCAUCUGAAGAGAGGGUUCUUAAAAAUAACCAGUCCUGGUACAAAAGUGCACCAGAUAGCAACCAAAAGCCUGCAUGCAAUGUCUCAUUGUCAAACACAGUCCCCUCUGCUGAUCAGAACUUCUCAGCGCCCCAGAGGCCCAUCUCCUCCUCCUCUACUAAUACAGUCACCUCUAUCAAACUGUCCACUUAUGCACCAGGUGGUAGCAGAGACUUUCAAACCUCUUCCUCUUAUGAUGAACUGCCAUUGGAAGAAAAUAAAAGGGCUGAGCUGGAGCCUCCCGCUGACCCUCAACCAGAACCAGUGGACAACAUCCCCCCUUCCCCAUUUACUCUGAGGCCCUCAAACUGCAAAAAAUACCAGCGACCCACCAAGCCUAACAAAACAUCCUCUGAACCUGCUGAAAAUGACAGCAACAAGUCCACUGAAAAAGAGAGUGCCCAAGAUAAACCCAACAGUGUCCUUUCUGCCAGUGCAAGUAGUACUGCUGCCAAUGCUAAAACAGCAACCAAAACGGCAGCCAAGCCCCCAGGCAGGGGUGGUGGGAGGGUACGGGACUACACGGUUCUGCACCCUUCCUGUCUGUCAGUGUGCAAUGUAACCAUCCAGGACUCAACUGAGCGGAGCAUUGAUGAAAUGGUCACCCCAGCUACCCCUGCUGACCUUGGUGAUGCAGGCCAGAUGAAGAAGAAGUCAGAUGCUCCACCACCCAAACCUACCAGGUUCAGACCCACCCAGACAAAAACCAAGAAGACCAAGACUGAGACAAAGCUGGAGUUUUUUGGCUUUGAGGACAAAGAAGAUCAUGGGGAUGAGGAGAGUCCAGAAGGUGGCAUGGCCGGAAAGAGUAGCUACAAAAUCAAGUAUUUUGGCUUUGACGACCUCAGCGAGAGUGACAGCGAUGAAGAGAGCCCUAAGGCCAAAGACAAGAAGGCCAAGAAGGCAGCUGCAGCCUUAGCUGCUCUGAGCUCCAGUGUGGAUAGCCCUCAUACCAGUGACUCUCAGGACAGCCAGGCCAGCAGCAAUACAGAUGCUUUUGACUUCUCUGAUGACUCAAGUCCUGGCGGCACUGAGGGGCAGAAAGGACGCUCAGGGAAGCCAAAUGACAAAUCCAAGGACAUUGGCAGUGGACCCAAAAAGAUCUUCAGUGGACCCAAAAAGUCCCCUGCUAAAGCUGUGUACAAUGCUCGGCACUGGAACCAACCUGAGCCUGAAGAACCUGUGCCUCCACUUUCACGAUCUCAAACUGCUCCGGCCAUUUUAUCGAGCAGCAGCAAGGACAGCAACUCCCAUAAAGAUGAUGGCUUGUUCAAAGCCCCUCCACCGCCGCCCAAAGUCAUUAAGUCAGAGACCAUCCCCACACGACUCAACCAGGAUAUUGUCACUGCACUCAAAUGCAGGAAGGAGCACAAGGAGCUGUACACGGUGGUGCAGCAUGUGAAGCACUUCAAUGACGUGGUGGAGUUCGGAGAGAAUCAAGAGUUCACAGAUGACUUUGAGUACUUGGAGACGGGGCUGAAGAGCAGUCAGCCACUCAACACAAGAUGCCUUAGUAUAAUCAGCCUGGCCACGCGGUGUGCCAUGCCCAGUUUCAGGAUGCACCUGCGAGCCAGAGGGAAAGUGGCACAGGUCUUCAAAAUGCUCAGUGAUGCUCCACAACACCCGAACCUUGGUCUGUGCACGGCUUCCCUGAUGUACAUUCUGAGUCGGGAUCGUCUUAACAUGGAUUUGGACAGGGCCUGUCUGGAGCUUAUGAUCAAGCUGCUGGAACUGGACCAGGACUACUCAGCCCACCAGGAUCAGCUCACUGCAAAGGAGGUGGAAAAGGUCAAGGAGAAGAUCAGGAAGCUGUGUGAGACUGUGCACAACAAGCACCUUGACUUGGAAAACAUCACGACGGGCCACCUUGCCAUGGAGACGUUACUCUCUCUAACCUCCAAGAGAGCCGGGGAUUGGUUCAAAGAAGAACUGCGACUGCUGGGCGGUUUGGACCAUAUUGUAGACAAAGUUAAAGAGUGUGUGCAGAACCUGAGCCAAGAGGAUGACAAGGAGAACCUUGUGGCGUCUUUAUGGGGGGCUGAGCGGUGUCUGAGAGUACUUGAAAGUGUGACAGUGCAGAACCCAGAAAACCAGGGUUACUUGAUUGCCUACAAAGACUCACAACUCAUCGUCUCCUCUGCCAGAGCUUUGCGGUACUGUGAGGACAUGAUUCAGCGAUACAGCAGGGCGUUAAACAACAGCUCUCUGUCAUCGUCGGGUGCAGCACUGCCCCACUGCAGCUUCAGUAACGUGGGCAAGGCUGUGGAGGACUGCAUGAGGGCCAUCAUCGGAGUGCUGCUCAACCUUACCCACGACAAUGAGUGGGGAAGCACUAAGACAGGUGAGCAGGAACAGCUGACUGUAACUGCUCUGAAUUGUGUGCUCCGAGUUCCACGCUACAUCCCCCAGGAGCAGCGCUUCGAUGUCCGAGUACUGGGUCUGGGUCUACUAAUUAACCUUGUGGAGUAUAGCUCCAGAAACCGCCACUGUCUGGUGGACAUGGAGUACAUAGUCGACGACGCCUGUCUGGAAGACAGCCUGAUGCAGCCUGCUGACCCAACACAAUCCGACACAGCGCCAGCGUCAGCACCGCCAAGCACAGCUGAGACUCAGGGAGAUGGGGCUGUCAAGCCCAAACCCUCCGGUGCCUUGGCUGCACUGGUGCAGCUCUUCCUGGAGAGGGAGCGCGCUGCCAUCCUGGCUGAGGCAAAGACUGACGACCUCAUCAGCGAGGCGCCCAAGCCGGCAUUGGACCAAAGCGGAGAAUGGCAGGAGACGUCAGGAGAGAUCCAGUGGGUGGCAGCCGAAACCAACGACAGCCAAACUGAGAAGAAAGACAACGAGAAGAAAGAGGAGGAGGAUGAAGAGCUGGAUCUAAAUAAAGCUCUGCAGCACGCGGGCAAGCAUAUGGAGGACAGUAUUGUUGCCUCCUACACUGCUCUGCUGCUGGGCUGCCUUUGCCAGGGAAGCCAGAUAAAUGUGACUACUGUGAGAGAGCAUCUACCUAAAGGGGAUUUCUCCAUCAUGACAGAAAUGCUGAAGAAGUUCUUGAGUUUCAUGAACCUCACUUGUGCGAUGGGCACCACGGGACAGAAGUCCAUCUCGCGGGUCAUCGACUACCUGGAGCACUGUUAACAGACAGCCAGACAGGGAAUGCACAUUAAAGGGAUCCUAGGCUAUUCUGCUGCUCCCUACCUGACAGGAGCCACAAGGGGUCAUUGGAGACUCUGCAGCAUUCCUUUGACUUCACCGGAUCACCCAAUGCUGUGAUCAUUCUGAACUGUUACCGAUAAAGGCGUGUGAACACACAAAUAUAAAAGUUUCACUCCCUCUCUGGAGCACAGCCUGAACCAAAGCCCUGCGAGCUGACAGACAUGCAAAUUCCUUCAGUUCCACUCAACUAACGCCACAUUCGGAGUCAGAAGAUUCAUCCUCAGGUUGCUGGGAAUCAGGCAGAGGCUUGGCUAAACUUUCAAAAUCCUGUGUGGAAUGUCAAAUGUGAAGAUGGACUCAAAGCAGGCCUCUUCUUGAAACGUCCCACCAGGUUUGACAGUCCCAGGCCACUGAGGUGGAGUCUCCUGUCCCGCUGCCUGGUCUCUUAGCUGCAGUGUGAACCUCCGAAUUAAAUUUAAUGGAUCAUUACAUUUUAAUCUCUACUCAUCCACAUCAAAGCCAAGGGUGAAAUCAUUGAUUAGCAUGAAAAACAAUCAUUUUUCAUGGAUGUUAGAAUGAUAUCUCUGUAAACUCGUGUGGAAUGAUUUUGAAUGCAUACAUCCAUUUACCGAAAUGUUUGCAGUUGGCUUGAAUGUUAAAGAGAAGGAGAGUAUUUUUAAAUCUUUGGUUUUUAUGUUCUCAUUGUGCCCGUUAAUUUUGUACACCGUGCAAGUUAGCAAGUCGCGGUGGUGUUCUUAUCUGUUUUUAGAUUUUUCUUUUUUCUGUUAGGGCAUUUCUUUAUCAACUGAAUUCUGAAUUUCUUUAAAGAAAUGACACACAGACUCUGAUAGGAUGCCCUUUAUUUGACUGAUAAUGACACUUGGAAAUGACAUGCUAUUAUGAAUUUUGGAUUCCUUUUCACCCAUUAUCAAUUUGGUCAUAUUUUACUUUUUUUUUAGCUUAUUUAAAUUCCAGUUAAUUCAAGAGUAUGUAAUUACAGUAUGCAUUGAAACUCACAGGUAUAACAGAUGUGAUUAAUUACUCAAAUAAUUGAUGGUUGUGCUUCCUUUUGAAUUUGUAAUGAAGUUAAUUUUUGAAAAAAUGUAUUUAAUUUAAUGCUUUCUCCUCCUUUUGUAAAUGCAAAGUCUUUACCUAGUGAGAUGCCAUUUGUGUCUGAAGUUUCACAUCAUAUUUCAUUAGACUAUAUCCUAUGUGACACAGCUCAGUGGCUGGACAUAAUUACAUGUAUGUGACAGAUUUAGGUGAGUUAUGGAUUCAACUUAAAAAUGCUAAAUUUUAACAAACUUGCAGCAUUUAAUAAAUUAGCUAAUGUCUUUUUUUUUUAAUUUUCCGUGUUAAUGGAUGUGGGGGGUUUCCUGAUGGCGCCAUGUUUCUGUGUGUCCAGCCACUUGUAGCUUCAUGUUUUUACUCUCAUUGUACCAUGAUGUGUCUGCAUUUGACAACAUUCAUUAAGCUCCCAUUUAUUUAUUCUUUUGUGGUGUCAUUUUACCUGUAAUGAUGCACAAGAACCUUCGACUCGCCUCUGUCUUUGUACUGCUCACAUGUACGAUCACUGAUUUGAAUGACAGCCAUACCUGUAUAAGCAGAUUAGUUUUAUCUGGUUUCGUAGGGCUGCAGUGAACAUGGUUGCAACUGUGUUUACUGUUAAUUACUUUGCAAAAUUCUGGUCUCGAAUGGAAUUUUAGAAUGUAAAUACUCCUGUACAUAGAGGUUGAUGGACAUUUAAAAAUGCUUAGACUACUUUUUUCCCUGAAGCUGAUAUUUUUAUUUUAUACAAUAUUUCUGAGUU